AUGCCAGGGAAAUUUUUCAAUUCCCACGCUCCGUUCAAUAUCGUCCUCAUCGGUCAAACAGGAAGUGGAAAAACAUCUCUGUUGAAUCUUCUACUCAACAUCAAUCAAAUUGCAGAUUUCAAAAUCAACAGUAAAACCCUAAAUGAAAGUCUCCGCUUAUACAACAACGUGUCACUCGAAAUGGGAAGUAACGGAACUUCAAUGAACAGUAAAACAUCCGAUUGCCAAGACUAUUCGACGAAAUUCGAGAAAUAUACUUUGAGAAUCCUUGAUACACCUGGUUUAGCUGAUACUCGUGGUUUCACACACGAUCAAAAUCAUACGAAGUCAAUCAUACGUGCUAUUGAACGAUUAGAGUAUGUUCAUUGUAUCAUUUUAGUUAUUAACGGACGUGAAUCACGAGAAACCGAAGGAUUAAAAUACGUUCUCGAAGAAAUCUUUGCCAUCAUGCCACGUGAAAUUCAAUCGAAUAUUGUUGUUGUAUUCACCAAUGUGAACAAUGUUUUAAAACUAAAUUUUAACAUAAGUACUUUGACUAAAUAUGUGCAAAAGGAAAUUCAACACUAUUGGCUUAUCGACAAUCCCAUAUGUGAAUUAGAAAAGGCUCAAGGAAAACUGAGAGACGAUCGACGAUUAGUUGCGGAUGAGAAAACGAUUGCAACUUUAACAAAUUCAUUUCAACGAACAGUGUCAACCAUUCGGGAUAUGUACAACACAACUUCGCACUUUCCAUCGAUCGGAAGUAAUGCAUUCCAUAAAUUAUACAAAUUAAAAGAACAAAUUGAACAACAAUACUUAAACUUAACAAGUGAACACGAAGAUUUGAUGAGACAAACACAGAGAAUUCAGGAAAUUCAAGAAAAUAUCAAAUUAUUUCAGAAGAAAAAGAUCACAUCGAUGAACUUUAACAAAACUGAACUGACCGAAAAAACAGUCCUAGAACCAACAGAUGAACAUAACACACUGUGUGCACAUGCAGGUUGUCAUCAUAAUUGUCACCUCAAUUGCUAUUUACCAUUGACACUUGAGCCAGGAGCGGAAAUUUUCAAAGGUUGUGCAGCUAUGGAUUCAACUGGUUUGACCUGUACGAAGUGUGGCCAUUCGUAUAAAGAUCAUUAUCAUGUUAAAUCAAAAUGGGUGACAAAACAGGAAAGGAGAUACUAUAUAGAUGCAGAUACAGAAAAAGAAUUUAAUUCAGCAAAAACGGAUGAAGAACGAGCGAUGGUCGCUCUGAAAAGUUUACAACAGCAAUUAAACCGCUUGGAGACGAAUAUCUUGGAAUUACAAAAUCGCUUGUUGGAACUUCUGAAAGAAUACAAGAAAGUGGGUUUGAGAAGGAAUUAUUUAGCUCUGAUCAAAGCACAAGAUAGUUACGUACAAAUGUCCAUCAAAACCUUUCGAGGAGAUCCGAAAGAGAAAGUUCAUCAAAAUUUGUUAUCAUGGAAGACAAAAUUAGAGCUUAUGAUCGAACUCUCCCGUGGAAAAGACCAUACAGAUUUGUAA